UCAGGCUGCCUGGCCAGGUGACGGGGGCAGGGCUGAUAAUAGAGGGCGUGUCGUGGGACUUGGAGAGCCGGCAGCCAGCAUUCCUGCACAGGCUUGGGAAGGCGUCGCGAGAGGUUGCCCUGGUGCAGUGCUGGUGUGGACUCGUAAACUUUCUCACACACACACACACACACACACACACACACACACACACACACACACAGAGAGAGAGACACAGAUGCACAGUGUCUGCCACGGAGUGUGUGUGUUUGAGUGUGGGGGAAAACUUCACUCCACAGGAAGCGACUGACUAAGCUGCCUUCCACGUCGGACCAUGUGUGUGUGUAGUGUUUGUGAGUAUGUGUGAGUGUGUCCGUGUGUGUGUUCCUGCUUUUAGGAAAGUUACACAGCGUACUUCCUACUUUCAAUGGAGGUCCACUGAGUUAAACUUUCUUCGUGUCUGACAUACUCUUUCAAGGACUUCAAGUGAGCUGUUAGCUUUCUAGAGAGAUCGUUUGCAGUCUGCCUCCUGUCAGUGGAACUUUUAAAAUGGAAGAGUGCUUUUACAUUUUUUGAUUUUCACUCGCUUUUUUAGGAUUUAGGAGCUACUGUUUAUUCCUGGAACAAAAACAAAAUUGAACUGAAGAGAAGCGGAACUGUUUGGGAUCGUAAAACUGUGGGAUUUGUGAAAGCUCAAUGCAUUCAGCGGGACUGAGCCAUCGCGUUGCUCAGAGGAAUUGGGGAUAGUGUGACCCUUUGUGGGGGUAAUUGUGGGGAGGGUGAGGGAGGGGUGCCUGGCUGCGCUGCAGGGGCUCUUUGUCCAUCACAAAAGCCGUUUGUUUUCUGCAGCCUAGGAAACUGGAACACAUGCACAGGUGAGAGAGAGAGAGAGAGAGAAGGAGAGGUGGAGAGAUGUGGGCCAAGUAACCCACUCACACACGCACCAGCACACAGUUGGGCCGUGACUGAACUGGAUUUAUUACACAAACUGGAUUACAGUAAAUGGUUUAAACCUGGAGGGAACAAUUUCAUGAAAACAUGGAGGAUGUAAACAACAGUGAGGGUAGCCUGGACGUGCCAGGGAGGCAUCCCUCCAGCUUGCUGCACAACAAGUUCUCCACCCUGUUUGUCCGGGACAAGACGGAGGCAGAUGAUACGGCUGUGUUGACGUCCUUCAGGCCAUUAGCAGAGGAGGAGACCCACAUCAGGCCUCUCAGCUACAGCCUGUUCGAUGGGGAUCACGACCGGCUGAAAGAGUCAGGAGGCCUUCACAGCUUGUCUCAUGCCAGUGGGCUUCUAUCGAAUCCCACCGAGACCAGUCAACAUGUUGAAUCAUGGGAAAUUAUGACCUUUGGCAAAGAGCAGUCUGUGGAUGAGCCCUCUCUAAGCACACAAGGAGAGAGGGCCCCGUUCACAUCCACUCCAGAAGUUCCUGACGAGGAUUUGGUUGAGGUGACCAUGGUCGAGGUUUACAGCGACACUGAGCAGGACAAAGACGAAAUGGGCCUAUCAGAAAGGAGCUGGGGCUUCCGGGAGUCCCUCCUCCACCCAUCAGUGGCUGAGGAUCCUGUAAAUGAUAAAUCGGAUCAAGCGCAGGAGACUGACAGCCGGUGUGAUGAUGUGAUUGAGUCAAACUCAAGCUCGGAGCAUCCCGUGCCUAGCACAGCCGAGAGCCUCGUGGAGGGGUCAGUCAAAGGCAGCUCUGUUCUGGACAGGGAGAGGUCCAAGAACACAGCCCCGUUCUGGAUACAGGAGCUCCCUCCCGCCUUGCGCUGGAACCGCCGCAGUCCCCCGAGGACAGAGGACAUUCCCCAGAGCAGAGAGGAGACUGAGGAUGCCCACGAGGGAGACAUGGGCUCCGAAGUGUCCGCUGCGAGAGCACGGCGACGACGUCAACAAGCCAGCAAACUCGAAGCCGAGGCCAACGCCAAGGAUACGAGCGAGACAGAGCAGCCGGACACUUCCGAAGGGGAUCCACUGCUAAUUCUCUCCGCCACUUCAGUCAAGGUCUCACUGACCAACAGAAAGCAGGCCUCUUCAGCUGUACCGGCAGGCAGAGAUGCAGCCGACGACGGGACGAAUGAGGAUGAAACGCCUGAGGCCAGAGAGAAGCAGUCGGAGGGGAGGGAUAGAAGGGAGCAGGACCUCACCACCGGCCUGCCUGACCGGGCCGACAGCCAGCCAGGCCUCAGCCGCAGCAGCAGUGGCAGCGGCGACACAAAGGGCCUUUCAGAGCUGGGAAGAACAGAGGCAACAGCAGGACCGUCCCUAGCUGACAACGAGCCAAGUGCCACCUUUCCCUCCAGCGCCAGACAACAGGAGCAGGACACGCCUGCCACGAGCAGCAGCAGCAGCGUCCCCCUCGCCGAGCAGUCCCCCUCUUCGUCACCAGCGUCCUCCUCCACCACCCCUGCGUCACGCUCGCCGGCGCUCUCUCUAUUCUCGUCCAGCGGAGAGAGGAGCUUCCAGGUGCCAGCGCUCUUCAGCGGCCUGCGUGUGCUCAAAAAGGGGGCGGUGGGAGAUGACCGUGAGACUGUCUCCAAAAUCCGCCAGCGUGACGGUGAUCGGGCCCUGCUUACCCUCAAGCAGCACGUGAACAAGGUCAAGCUUCUCCCUGACCAGCUCGGUGCCAACGGCAACUCCGCAGCAUCCACUGUCCCCACCAAAGGGAGGCCGGAGGUCAGAAAGGCGGCGGAGAGCACAGGGCCACUAAAGGAGCAGUCCAGCCAACUCCUCGACCCAGAAGGCAAAGCAGAGAGUGGGGUGCAGGAGGGUGGCAGUGACGCCCGGGCACGAGACCCAGAGAGAGAGGGGGUGACCGAGGGCGGCCAAGGGGCGGGAGACAAGACUGCUGAUGUGGGCACUGCCAACGCACCGGAAGAUUCCGGAGCCGGCGGCAGUGCUAAAACUUCAGAGACGGCUUUCAGCCUCGGAGCCUUCAAGUCCUUCUUCACCCCCAAAGCUGCCAAGAAAGAUGGAGAGGAAGUGUCUGUGGACGUAGAGGCCCUCAAGAGGAAGAGAAGGAGCGAGAAGGAGCUGCUCAAAUCCAUCUUUGAGAGAGCGGCCACCAAAAGCCCAGGAAGUGAUCUCAAAGCCGUAGCAGAGGUCAAAGCGGAGGUUACCUCACCCAACGACAGUGAGGACCGGACCCCGGGCCGUCUCCAGGCCAUCUGGCCCCCACCCAAGGCCAAAGAUGAGGAGGAGAAGGUGGGCCUGCGAUACACUGAAGCAGAGCAUCAAGCAGCCCUCUUGCAGCUGAAGAGGGAAUGCAAAGAGGAGGUGGAGAAACUGCAAGCUGAUUUUGAGCUCCAGAUCUUUGAGGUGCGUGGGGAGCAUGCGGUCACAGUGUCGCGGCUGGAGGCAGCCAUCUCCAAAAUGCAGCGCGACCGAUCCUACAUGCCCGGCUACCGGCUGGGGGCGCUGCGCGACGCCUGCGUCUCAACCGAAGAUGAGCAGCCGUCCGCGCCUCGCACCACCCGCAACGUUUGCGUGCAAACUGACCGCGAGACCUUCAUCAAGACACCUGAGGGGGAGGGAUCGCACCCUUCCGCCAGCCCCCACCUCAACGCGCCUAAGAAACUCGACGCAGACACCAUCAGGAGGGCAGAAGGGGGUGGGGGUCCACCGCCACCACCCCCUCCACCCCCUCCACCCCUGCCAGGCCAAUCAGGAGGGCCCCUCAUCCCUCCCCCUCCCCCGCUACCCAGUGGCACUGGCCCUCCCCCUCCCCCUCCACCCCCUCCUCUUCCAGGGAUGGGUUCUGGGCCUCCACCGCCUCCACCCCUGCCUGGUGUAGGGCCACCACCUCCUCCACCUCCUCCUGGGUGUGGUCCACCUCCUCCGCCCCCCAUGCCUGGCUCUGGCCCCCCUCCACCUCCACCUGGCCCAGGGGGCUUUGGGUUUAGCCAGCCCGUGCAGGUAGCUCCACGCAAGCCCACAGUGGAGCCCGCCUGCCCCAUGAAGCCUCUAUACUGGAACCGCAUUCAGAUUCAGGACAAUAAUAACAACACCCUGUGGGGGUCCCUGGCGGAGCCAGACAUUGUCGACACCAAAGAGUUUGAAGAUCUCUUCUCCAAGGCGAACCUUCAACCAAAGAAGAAGCCCUUGUCUGACACCUAUGAGAAAAAGGCCAAGGCCAAAAAGAUUGUCAAGUUGUUGGACGGGAAGAGGUCCCAGACAGUGGGGAUUCUCAUAUCGAGUCUGCACUUGGAGAUGAAGGACAUCCAACAAGCUGUUUUGACUGUCGACAACUCGGUGGUGGACUUGGAGACCAUCGAGGCUUUAUAUGAAAAUAGAGCCACCAGUGACGAGCUGGAGAAGGUCAAGAAGCACUACGAGAGCUCCAAGGAGGAUGAAGUCAAACUCUUAGACAAACCUGAACAGUUCCUCUAUGAGCUCUCCCAGAUCCCAGACUUUUCUGGAAGGGCACACUGCAUCAUAUUCCAGUCAGUCUUCCUGGACGGGAUCUCCUCCAUCCAUCGCAAAGUUGAGAUUGUUUCCACUGUGUGCAAGGGUCUUCUAGAGCGUGACAGCUUAAAGGAUGUAAUGGGGUUGGUGUUGGCCUUUGGGAACUACAUGAAUGGAGGAAACAGGACAAGAGGGCAAGCUGAUGGCUUUGGCCUGGAGAUCUUACCUAAGCUGAAGGAUGUGAAGAGCAGGGAUAGUCGCAUUAGCUUGGUGGAUUAUGUGGUGUCAUACUAUCUGCGUAAUAUGGAUAAGGAUGCUGGUACAGAUAAAAGUGUCUUCCCUUUACCUGAGCCUCAGGAUGUCUUCUUAGCUGCGCAGGUCAAGUUUGAAGACCUCUUUAAGGAUAUCAGGAAGCUCAAGAGAGACCUCACAGCAUGUGAGAAGAACGUCCAGAAGGUGUGUGCCAAUUCACUCGAAGAGCACCUCCAGCCGUUCAAGGACAAAAUGGAGGCCUUCCUCGUCACUGCCCAGUCGGAACACACUGCAGAGGAUGAGCAACUGCAGGCUGCACAUACGAGGUUCCAGGACAUGACAAACUACUUUGGUCUGAAGCCCAAGUCUGGUGAGAAGGAGGUGACCCCCAAUCAUGUCUUCAUGCUGUGGUACGAGUUCUGCAACGACUUCAAGAACACAUGGAAACGCGAGAGCAAGACUAUCUCCAAAGAGCGCCUGAAGGAAGCACAGCAGACGGUUCAGAAGAUUACCGCCGAGAAGAAGGUGGAGACCAAAAAGAUCAAUGCAAACAGUCUGAAAGAAAGACUACGCCAGAAGGAAGCAAGCGUGUCCUCCAGCUGAGUUUCGGAGAAAGACAACAAUACAACAACUACCACCACCACCACCACCACCACCCCUCCACCAUAUAUGCCUUUUAUUCAUACCUCAGUCUUCCUGUGUACCACCCACUGCAUAUUCCAUGGAACAGUAUACUAGACAGCAUACUGUGUACUAACUACUGUAGACGUCUCCUUUGCAACCCAGCUUCUUCUUUUGCACAUAUUUGAACCACCAUGUCUAGAAGAUCCAGGGAAGAUCCAGGGACCAUCACUGGUCUCUGUUUGCCUUGCAGAACGUGACCCCCUCUGACCCCAAACCUUUGAAACACGACCAGUGCAAAAGUCUUUUUGGAGUGUGAGGGACUGUUGGCGUUGAACAUAGGAUCCAUCAGGAUUCUUCCUGCUUGUAGGCCUUCUUCUGUGGUGCUGGAACGUCUUCUCUGCUUGUCUCCUCAUCAGGGAUGCAGUUUGCAUAAAACAAAACAGUCAACAGCACUGGAAGAGACAUUUUAGACACAGCAUAUAGAGUUGCUUUAAGGAACUGGUGCAUAACCAGAUAAACAUUAUCAAGCUAAGAGGAGCAUACCAGAAUAAGCAAUCGUACUAGCAGUGGCUUAGGUGGGGCUUGGGAACACAACAGCAAUAACAUGUAAAUAUGCUAAAGAUGACCUUUUCAAACAUCAUUGUAGCCUCCCACAUGCCUCUGACUAAGAGGUCAUACUAGAGCUUAAAACACACACACACACACACACACACACACACACACACACACACACACACACACACAACUACUGGAGUGUCAUUAUGGAGAGAAAAAUGGAUGUUUUGGUUCUCUCUUUUUUUCUUUUCUUUCUUUUUUUUUGAACCAGACUGACCCCUACUGGAUGACAGCCAGGCAUCAUCAGACUGGAUAUUUACAGUGCCUGGGUCUUACAAACCUCAUGGCUCUUCAUCCUGUUCUCAAAGAAAAUCUCCCCAUCAGGAUACAAGAGCUGAACUUGAACUUGCGCGUCUGGUUAACAACAUUUACAGUAGUGGACCCUCAACCUUCAAACAGAUCUUUUUCAAGGUCAAAUAGGUGACACACGUUUUGCUCCUCACAAUGUUAAGACAGAGUCCUAAAGUACUUUCCUGCUUCCAACAGCUGUUGUUAGUUUGCCCUAUUUUGCUUUGCCAAAACGGUACUUGAUCAGAUGUAUUGCACUUUUGCACCUCUUUUUGAACUCCUAUGCAAUUCUUUGAUUUCCUUUGCUGUAAAAAAAAACACUUGUGAAUUCACACCGUAUACUCUAAAGAUGGAUAGUAUAUUUAUUUUAACUAAAUAUUUCUAUUGUAUGCUUUUAAAAGCUAAAGAAUAGUAAAGUACUUCCUGAGGUGACAUGGAUCCAUAUUUAUAUAAAAAGCAGAUUUAUUUUAUGCCAAAAUGUCAGUUGCCUAUAUAGCAGAAUAAUUCAGACAGGUGGAAUACACAGUGUUUGUUUCUUCAUCAUUGUCCCUGGGUACAAAGCAAGUCAAAAAGGAUGGUCCUGAUAGAUCAGGGAACAUGCUGUAUACGUGUAUGGGUGAGGCAGACAUGGCCAUGAAUACGGUACACAGCAUUGCCUUUUUGAAGAGUUCUUCUCAUAGGAACACCAAAAAACUGCCUUUUGUUUUAUCAACCAAUCAUACAUAUCAGAGAUCUAUAUGUACACUGCAUCCAAUUCUGUAUUACCUCAGACAGUGGUUAUGCUCUAAAUCUGAACUCUACUGCAGUAACAGCUGAAUGUGGAACUGAUAUUGACCAACGUUUGAUUCGUUCCAGUGUCAGUCUCUGCUCGAGCCUACAGGCCUAUGUAUUUUGACGCUUGUGCUUCUGUUUGAGUUUUCUUGUCAGAACUUGUAACAUGUUCUUCUGUGGUUUAACACUCUCAGUCUCUGUUCAGAUGACAACAUGAACAAAUAAAUAUGUGACUAUGAGUAGCACGAUGAAACAUUUUCAACAUGUGUUAUGGAUGAUCAAUGUUAUUUGGCCAUUUCUUUUUUAAGUUAAGCUUAAAGGCAGUAAGCUCAUAUUUGCAUUUAUCUUAUGUAACUGAGUCCUGAGAGGUGGCAAAAUGGCAUGUCACAUUUUAGAAAAGUUUAAAUGGCCUUUAUAUGGUUAGUCAGUUAUAAGAAUAUCUUUGUGUUUGACGUCUCUGCAACAUUUAAACCCUGCUCUGCCCAACUUUAAAUUAUUGCUGCAACAUAAAGAAUAAAGUUUUACUUUUA